UAACGUGGAGUUGUUUUACUGUUCUCUGAGUUGACAGACAAAUGUUUUACCCUUUAACAAACACCACCUCGUUUAAAAUUUGACAGAGUGUCCGCGGAAGGAUAUGGGGAAACCAAAGAAAAAGAGUGACAUCAGCCGAGCUGAGCUAAUGAUGAUGACCAUCGCCGACGUCAUCAAGCAGCUGGUUGAAGCGCACGAGCAGGGCAAAGACAUCAACCUUAACAAAGUGAAGACAAAGACCUCGGCGAAGUACGGACUGGAAGCCCAGCCACGGCUGGUUGACAUCAUCGCAGCCGUUCCGCCACAGUACCGCCGGGUUCUGGUGCCCAAACUGAAAGCCAAACCCAUCCGAACCGCCAGCGGGAUUGCGGUUGUGGCUGUGAUGUGCAAACCACAUAGAUGUCCUCACAUCAGCUUUACAGGGAACAUCUGUGUCUACUGUCCAGGGGGACCAGACUCUGAUUUUGAAUACUCCACACAGUCGUACACCGGCUACGAGCCAACAUCCAUGAGGGCGAUCCGAGCUCGCUAUGACCCCUUUCUACAGACCAGACACCGAGUGGAGCAGCUGAAGCAGCUGGGCCACAGUGUGGACAAGGUGGAGUUCAUUGUGAUGGGUGGCACCUUCAUGGCACUGUCUGGGGAGUACAGAGAUUACUUCAUCAGGAACCUCCAUGACGCCCUGUCAGGUCACACCUCUAACAACGUGGCGGAGGCCGUCAGGUACUCGGAGCGCAGCAACACCAAGUGCGUGGGAAUCACCAUAGAGACGCGGCCGGACUACUGCCUGAAGCGCCACCUCAGCGACAUGCUGAGCUACGGCUGCACCCGGCUGGAGAUCGGCGUGCAGAGUGUUUACGAAGAUGUGGCCAGAGACACCAACAGAGGGCACACAGUGCGAGCUGUGUGUGAGUCUUUCCAGCUGGCAAAGGAUGCUGGGUUUAAGGUCGUUGCGCACAUGAUGCCAGACCUGCCCAAUGUUGGCAUGGAGAGGGACGUGGAGCAGUUUAUAGAGUUUUUUGAGAAUCCGGCGUUCAGGCCCGACGGUCUGAAGCUCUACCCGACGCUGGUGAUCCGAGGCACGGGUCUGUACGAGCUGUGGAAGACGGGCCGCUACAAGAGCUACACGCCCAGCGCCCUGGUGGACCUGGUGGCCCGCAUUCUGGCCCUGGUGCCACCCUGGACCCGUGUGUACCGUGUCCAGAGGGACAUCCCCAUGCCACUGGUGAGCUCCGGCGUGGAGCACGGCAACCUGCGGGAGCUGGCUCUGGCUCGGAUGAAGGACAUGGGCACUGAGUGCCGAGACGUACGGACCCGAGAAGUUGGCAUUCAGGAAAUCCACCACAAAGUCAGGCCGUACCAGGUGGAGCUGAUCAGGAGGGACUACGUGGCCAACGGCGGCUGGGAGACCUUCCUGUCCUACGAGGACCCGGAGCAGGACAUCCUGAUCGGUCUCCUGCGCCUGCGCCGCUGCUCGUCCCAGUCCUUCCGACCCGAGCUGAAAGGAGGCGUGUCCAUCGUCCGCGAGCUGCACGUCUACGGCAGCGUGGUCCCAGUGAGCAGCCGCGACCCCAGCAAGUUCCAGCACCAGGGCUUCGGCAUGAUGCUGAUGGAGGAGGCUGAGAGAAUCGCCAGAGGGGAACACGGCUCGCACAAACUGGCUGUCAUCUCAGGUGUAGGAACGAGAAACUACUACAGGAAGAUGGGCUACGAGCUGGAGGGGCCGUACAUGGUGAAGCAGCUCUACGGUGCACAACUGGACUGACCGGAUGUUUUCCCUUAUCUGGAUGGUGCAGACAGAACCACAGACGCAUACAAAUUAUUAUGAUUUUUCUUUUGUUUUUUUCGAAUCAGAACAAUAGUCCUCGGAAACAAUUCCUGCCAUGUUUGCAGAGAAACUUCCAGCAGCACAGAAAGGAGAUAAUGCCGAGGUUGUUUCCACAGGCCAUUCAUCUGCCAUUAUCUGAAGCUGCUGCAUUCGCUCUGCUUUAUUUAGAUAAGGAGACCUGUGAGUCGACACGGGGGGGGAGAAAGUACAGCCGCUUGGGGGGUGGAGAGGACGAAGCCAGCCUUGUUCGGUUGGAGACUCUUCACUCCAGAUGGCGGCGCUGAACACCUGGCGUUUCAACGUUUGACGACCCUGACAUGCCUUUAAUGUAAAACAACAAACCUACAGAGGGGAGUUCUGAUUUCUGUUAUGUGUUUGUCUGGGAUUCGUGUCACGGUUCAAGUUAAUCCUGUUUCUGUUGCAACCGUGUGAAAGGGAAAUGGACGGCUGCCGGGUGACGGCUGGGAAAUCCUCGCCGGUCAGCGGUUGUGUAAUUGAACGAUUUCAAAUUAUGGGACAGAAAAUAAGUCUCAGCGUUACAUAAAUUGCUUUUUAAAGCCCUCUCCAUAA